CAAACUCUAGGGUUCUUGAAAGUUGAGCAUUCUUCAAUAUAUAUUUCAGGUGGGGUGCCUGGGUUCUUAAGAAGCUUGGCAAGCUGUUAACUGCCAAUAAAAGGGGUGCCAAUAAAGCAGACAACAUGAUCAACAGACAGCUUUUGUUGACGUAUCUUUACCUUCUAGUUUAUAUAUUGCUUUCAUCAGGAGUAAUUCUGUACAACAAGUGGGUCCUUUCUCCCAAAUACUUCAAUUUUCCCUUUCCAAUAACACUCACUAUGAUUCACAUGGGAUUUUCUGGCAUGGUGGCAUUCUUUCUUGUUCGGGUUUUGAAGGUUGUAUCACCUGUCAAAAUGACAUUUGAAAUAUACGCGACCUGUGUGAUCCCUAUAAGUGCCUUCUUUGCAUCAAGCUUGUGGUUUGGCAACACUGCAUACUUGUUCAUUUCUGUAGCCUUCAUCCAGAUGCUUAAAGCUCUAAUGCCAGUGGCGACAUUUCUCAUGGCUGUUAUUUGUGGUACUGACAAAUUAAGGUGUGAUGUAUUUUUGAACAUGGUGCUGGUAAGUGUUGGUGUUGUCAUUUCCUCAUAUGGGGAGAUUCACUUCAAUGUAGUGGGCACUGUCUAUCAAGUCACAGGGAUAUUUGCUGAAGCUCUUAGGCUGGUCUUAACUCAAGUGCUUCUUCAGAAGAAGGGUUUAACACUUAAUCCUGUCACCAGCUUGUAUUACAUAGCGCCAUGCAGUUUUUUCUUUCUGUUUGUUCCUUGGUAUCUACUAGAGAAGCCCGACAUGGAAGUUACACAAAUCCAGUUUAAUUUCUGGAUAUUUUUCUCAAAUGCCGUUUGUGCUCUGGCAUUGAAUUUCUCAAUAUUCUUAGUAAUUGGUAGAACAGGAGCAGUGACGAUACGAGUUGCUGGUGUUUUGAAAGACUGGAUACUAAUUGCUCUUUCGACUAUCAUAUUCCCUGAGUCAACAAUUACGAGGCUUAACGUUAUCGGCUAUGCAAUCGCUUUGUGUGGAGUUGUCAUGUACAACUAUUUGAAGGUCAAGGAUGUUCGUGCUUCCCAACUCCCUGUGGAAAGUAUCCCAGAAAGAGCAGUUAAGGUCAUUCUGGACCUGAGGAUGGAGAAGAAGUCAUCAGACCUAUAUGUUCCUGACAGCAGUAAUAAUAGCUCCAAUGGAGGGAAGAAUGGAUGGAAUAGUUCUGCUUCUGAUAUUACAGUGGAAGAAGAGGCACCUCUGAUUCCUCCUUUGAGAGUGUCUCAUCUUGGGAGAAGCCAACUUGGCAGUCACUCGGAAUGACUGAUGAUAGUUUGGAGAUGAUCUUUUGCAGGCAUUCACUUGUAGUUACUUUAGCAAUUUAUUUGUCAGAAGCAAAGAGCUAAACUGAAUUAAUCAGAGGAAAAGGUUUGAACUUUAAAGUAUACAACCCUGUUCUUUUUUUCUUCUUCAUGAAGAUUGACAAUUUUUUUGUAGAGAAUCUUGCUAGAUCAUAAUUUGUGCUGUGACUCAUUGUGAAAACUUAAAAUUGUUAGUUUUAGCAUGCUAUGAAAUAUCAGUUGCUUCUCUGAUAGGCCA